AUUAGCUUUUUUAGCUUUUAUUACUUUUUUAUUGAAUUUAACACUUUUACCAUAAUAUUUUACAUUGGCAAACUAAUUACAACAAAAACACGGAGAAUUUUUCACAAAAAUAUAACUAUUUUUUACAAUUAACACUUGUUGCACAAUUUAAGAUCCUUUUGUUCUGCAUUCACUUGUAUUUUUGCUGCAUCAUGUUCUUUAAUAACGAAGAUAUUAAUAAAAUUUGUUUAAAAGAAAACGAAGCGAAUUAUAUUUUAAAGAAAGCUAGUAUUGAUUUAUUAGCCAACAGUCUGGACAAAGAAACUUCACCGGAUGAAAUCGAAGAGACAGCAUUUUUGGUGCAAUCAUUAGUGGAUAAAUGUUGGGAACGUAUACAUACCGGUCAUUUUAGUAAAGUGCCACUGGAAAUACGUAAAAUCUAUGCCUUAGCUUGUUACUUUAAGAUAUUGUUGCUACUAAUUGAAAGUACGGAUUCCAGGCAAUUGGAAAAAUGUAGUGUGCUAUUAGAUGAUGCAAUUUUAAUAGGCUGUACACAAGAUAUUUAUGACAAAAGUCAGCAAUUUAAAGAUAUUCUAAUUGAAAUCUUGGACAAACAUUUAGAUCCCUGCCAUGACUUAAAAUUAUCGAUUAUAGAUAAUCCUCCUAGGCUCAAUAUCAACUGUGAUAUUUUACAACUCAACAAACCCUCGGUGCUGGAAUUUAAACAGAAAUGUUUUGAUAGACAACAGCCUGCUCUACUACUUAAUACUUUCCAACAUUGGCCUGCUCUUGAAAAAUGGCGAGAUUUAAAUUAUAUACUCAAAAUAGCUGGCAAUCGUACGGUACCUAUAGAAAUUGGUUCCAACUAUGCUAAUGAUGAAUGGUCACAACAAUUAAUGAAAAUUAAAGAUUUUCUUAAAAGACAAUUUAGCCACAAUAGUGAACAGUCAACGGACAUAGAAUAUUUAGCACAACAUGAAUUAUUCGAACAAAUUCCACAACUCAAAAAAGAUUUCUCUAUACCGGACUAUUGCUCGAUUGGCAACAGUAAAGAAGCAAUUGAUAUUAAGGCUUGGUUGGGUCCCAAAGGCACCAUAUCUCCCCUGCACUAUGAUCCCAAACAUAAUUUACUUUGUCAGGUGUUUGGUAGCAAAUCUAUUAUAUUAGCUUCACCCGAAGAUACACCGAACUUAUAUCCUUACGAAGGAGAGUUUUUACAAAAUACUUCACAAAUUGAUGCUAAAAAUUUAGAUGUUGAACAGUUUCCCCGUUUAGAAAAGGUGAAAUUUUAUUAUUUGACUUUACAGCCGGGCGACUGUUUGUAUAUGCCUCCGAAAUGGUGGCAUUAUGUACAAUCGAAUAGUCCAAGUUUUUCAGUUAGUUUUUGGUGGGAGUAAAGAAUAAUAGUUAAAUUUAAUUUUUAAUAAACAUUUUGUUUGUAUAUAUCUAAGGUUAAGAUUCUAAAAACUGAGAUUUAAUAAAACAACCGAGAUAAACCGUU